CAGAACAGAGUGAGAGCCACAGACAAUCGGCGUGGCAGGCCAUUUCCUUGUCAAACUUAUUUGAGAAAGCAGAGAAUUCAGGUCUGAAUCAAGAUAAGAGAAGGGAGAAAAAAAGGACAAUGAAGAAGACAUUUCAAUGCGAUGAGUCCAUGAUCAUCACCAUUCCCAUCGGGAGUCUGAGGGACGCCAGAGAGGGGCAACUGAUGCCGGAGAAAUUUCACUGUGUGUACAAAGAUCACUUCAAGGUCUUUGUUGUGAAAGGGAAACCUAAACCUCUUGGGGCAGCCCAGGCCAUCGCUGGUGUGUUCAUUCUCGCACUCGGGUUGAUUUACCAAGAAAGCUUUACCAUGCCCUACACCCUACCAAGUGUUCUGUUUUUGGUCUGUGGUAUGCUGUCCUAUGCAGCUGGACACUUUCCAAACAUGCAAGUGACAAAGCUGUCGUUCUCCCUGAACAUCGUCAGCUUCUUCUGGUCUAUUGCGGCAGUUGUUCUCUGCAGUGUUACUUUUCAUUUUUGGUCUGGCACACACGAUGAGAAUGGGAAUGAAAAUCUCUAUCAAGGCAUCAAGGGACUGAUUUUGACUCUGCUGGGCGUUGAAAUGUUAACAUCCCUCUUCUUGAUCUACUGGUUGAGUCAUGCUGUAUGCAGACAACAUUUCAACACGCUGCCCACCAUACUGCUAAAACAAGGAGAUUAAAAUCAUCAAAAGCCAACAACCAACCGCCUGAUAACAUGGUACUUAUAUAUUCCGUAUUGUAUCAAAAAAUAUAUAAAAGCCUCUUCAGUGUCAUACUGUACAAUGGGAAAUUGCUCAAACCGCAGAUAGCAUGUGAAUGAGCAACUUCUUUGAUAUAGAUCACCUUUAUUUAGUUUGUGUCCAUGCACCUGUUUAUUUUUUUAAAUAAAAGUAGUGGUGUUUUAAACUUCAACAUUUCCUUUGAUUUCUACGUUUUGUAGUUGUUGUGUUUCGACGAGUUGAUAUGAUAUUUUAAAACGUCUGGUUUUGUAAUCUUUUAUUUGCUAUUGUUCUCUUCUUUGUAAGUCACUUUGC